AUGAGGCUCCGAAAUCUCUUUACCCUUCUCCUAUCGGCAACUGCCGUCACGGCCGCAGACCCGGCCAACUGCAACACGUCCGACAAGAAGCGGACCGGCUCCGACUUCGUGCUCCGCGAGAAGCCCGUCAACGGCAAUGUAGCAUCCCUCUCCAGCUACUUCAAGGCCCAGGGCAAGAUCGUCAGCGUAGCCGACGUGUUCGACGACGGCAACCACCAGAUGACGACCAACUCGGCCGGGCACAGGGUGUGGGAGAGCAAGCCCGACUUCGACGACCUCAACACCGCCAAGUGGGUGCCCCAGGGCAUCUCGUCCACCGCCGACGCGCUCGACGUCGGCAUCUACCAGGGCAAGGACGGGUGGGUCGUCAGCUGGCACAACGCCGACGACACGAGCGCGCGCGUCACCUUUGUCGACAAGGCGACGGGCAAGUACCGCCACGUGCUGCUCGUGUACCCGCACGCCGCCGACGACUUCCGCCCAGUGCCCGUGCACGCGGGCGGCAUCGUGUGGUACGGCAACACGCUGUGGGUGGUGGACACCAAGAACGGGAUCCGCAUCUUUGACCUCGACAACGUGUGGCGCGUGGAUGACGGCGACGACGUCGGUAAGAAGAGCGGGGGCGGGUACUCGGCCGCCGGGUACCGAUACGUCAUCCCGCAGCUGCUGUGGUACGAAUGGACCCCGAGCUUCAACUUUCAGUUCUCCUACGUCUCGCUGGACCGGAGCAGCACGCCCGACAGCAUUCUCGUCGGCGAGUACCGAGCCGACAGCGACGCCUACCCCAUCCGUAUGGCUAAGUGGGACCUUGACUACACGACGCGGCGGCUCAAGACCGAUUCGGCCAACUUGGCCAAGGCGACGUGGGCCUACUGCGUCAACAUUGAGCGUAUGCAGGGCGCUGCCGCUGUGGACGGAAAGAUCUUCAUCUCCAGGAGCAAUGGUGCCAGCGGCAACGGCGACAUCUGGGGAUGGACGCCGGCUGCCCCCGGCCCGGAGGACUUUAGCUACGAUAAGAGAACCAAGGAGAUGUAUACGGCGACGGAGCACGUUGGAAAGCGGUACAUUGUCAAGUUUAAGGCGAGCAGCGUCAACUUUUAG